AUGACAAAAUAGACAAAUAAGUUAAAUUCACAGGUAAGGUUCGGAUUAAACAUAGACGAGGAAUUAAAAUUAUUGAAAUGCUCACUCCUUAAGUUAAAUAAUAGCAAUAAGCUAUUAGAAUUGCGAAUGGUAAAUUAGAUUUUCUCUUUGACAGCUCUAGAGAUGUUAACUUAGUCAAACCUUAUCAAAAGAUGGAAAUGAAAAUAUGUAUUCCAAAGAUAAUAUCACAAAGAGAAGAAAACUGAAAAUAAUCUUGAUGUAGUUUAAAAGCAUUGAAACAUUUAUGUCGCAUUAUCAAUUUGAUAUUAAUAAUAAGCUUAUGAAGGAAAAUUAUUUAAAAACCCAUAUUAGAUUAGCAUAUCUAUUGAAAAAGGAUAUAUAAGAAGAUAAGUAGGAGAUUAUAUUUUUGCUACUAGAGGACUGGUUUAAUCGAAUAAUUAUAAAGGAUAUAUGAGCAAGCAGAUUUAUUUGAUUCUUUAUUUGAAUUAGCAGACACAUAGACUCCUGAUGUAGAAAAAUCAGAAUAUGUUGGCUUUUUUGAGUUACUCAAUUAGAAAUACAGGAGACAAUAAGAGGA